GAACAUGGGCCAAUGUAGCAAUGAUUCACUGUCUGAUGAGUCAACAGCCUCGGCUAUAAAAAGGGCAACACUGAUGGUUGUCUUAGGAUGACAUAGACCUUAAGCCUACAGAGGGAGUAUACAGACCUGGAGAAUGAAAUCCUCCAUGACCCUCCUGUACUCCUCCAUACUGAUGCUACUUGCCACCAGUGUCAGCCGGCCACUGGCAGUGGACAUUGUGAAGAACCAGGUCAAGUUCAUGGCACAGACCACAGUGGUGAGGAUACAGAGACUAACGGAUGAGUUCAGAAUAUCUCCUAACAUGGUGUUCAGCGAUCUGGAGCUCAUCCCCGACAUGAGUCUUGAUAAGCCGAUUGAAGGUCUGGCCACCAUCAUGGACAGCCUGAACACCUUCCAGAUAAUUCUCCUCAACCUACAAAUGGAUGGAGUGAGCCAGGUCCACGCUGACCUUCUGAGUCUGCAGGGCAUCGUCAGGUCUCUUGCGCCACCAUUGAACUGCUCCUUGCCCAAGUUGAAAAGCAGCAAGCACCUGGAUGCCUUCCUGAAGACCAAUGCUGCCUUCCACGUCACCAUUACCAAUGUGGCUCUCGACAGACUGCAGAAGUUCCUCAAAAAGCUGAUCCUAGACCUGGACCAGCUAAAGACAUGCUGAUAAGAUGGGCUAUUGCUUAAAAUAUAUUUAACUUAUUUUAUAUGGGUUUUUAACAACACCAAAUGUCUCCCUAAAUAUUUAAGGUAUUUAUGAAUUUAAAUUCCUUUGUACUGUAAUUUUAAUACCUUCAUUUUGCACACAUGCACUGAUGGGAUUUUAUGCAACCUGGUAAUAGUUCUCAAGAAACGCAAUGAGCAGCGAAUGUAAUUUGAUACCUUUGUAGAAGCAGUAUUUUACCUGUGCAUUUUAUACUUGGUGAUGCUGCCAAUCAGGACGCUGCUCUCUUUGGGCUCUGUAGCUCCUGUAGUCCUCCUUUGCUCCUCUGUGGGCAUCAUUUCCUGGCAGACAAAUGCGCACAAGCACAGUGAAGUCAGAUUGCUUUUAGGGGAAUCUAAGUUUUGCAAUGCAAGUACUGCAAACAUAGUGCAGCUCUGAAUAAAUGAUGAUCUCCGUGAUCUCUUGAUGAAGUGGCCUUACAUUACACCAUUGCUAGAGGACAGCAGUCUCAGACAGCAGUCCAUGUGUCGGUCUCUGCUAUUGGAUGGCCCUCUCACACAGAAGUCCAUGUGUCGGUCUUUCCUAUAGGACAGCCCCUUCAAACAGCAGUCCGUGUGUCAGUCUCUGCUAUUGGACGGCCCUCUCAGACUGAAGUCUCUGUUACCUGAUUUUCACACAACUAUGUUACUCCUCUAGCAGCACGUUUGAGUAUGUCUACAAUGUGUAUGAAUGUUUAUUUACUGACAUUAUUUCAGCUUUUUUCUAUCAGGUCUUCUUUGUGUUUCAGUAUAAUGCAGUACAUUCCUCGUGGUUAUUUUCGAUUCUUCCUCAGUAAAUUCACUUUUAAUAAACUCCCAUUUGGCACAUUGAAA